AUGGUCAGUGCUGGCGCCAUCGGAACCGCCGACCCCAUCGUCACCCGCCUCGUCAAGGAGGACAAGGUGCCAUGGUACAAGAAGCCCAACUUGCGCAAGCUCUACGUCCUGCUCUUCUGCUGCUGUAUGGGCGUUGAGAUGACCUCGGGUUUCGACUCGCAGCUCAUCAACGCCCUCCAGCUGACCGAAAGCUGGGUCAGAUUCUUUGGCAAUGGCUACACGAAUGCCGCAGGCAAGCCCGCCGUCUACCCGCCGCUGCUUGGAUUCCUCGGUUCUUCGUACCAGCUCGGUUCCAUCUUCGGAGUGCCGCUUGCCCCCUGGGUCAACCAGAGGUUCGGGCGCCGCGUGUCGAUCAUGUUCGGCUCUCUCGUCAUGGUCGCCGGUGCCAUCAUCCAAGGUUUCUCCCAGAACACUGCCAUGUACAUUGUCGCCCGCAUCAUCCUCGGUUUCGGCAUCGUCUUCUGCAUCAUUUCCGGUUCCGCCAUGAUCGGUGAGCUGGGCCACCCCAAGGAGCGUGCCGUGCUCACCUCGCUGUUCAACGCCUCGUGGAUGAUUGGUUCCAUCAUUGCCUGCGCCAUCGCGCUCGGCACCGGUGAGAGAACCGACGACUGGGGCUGGCGUAUCCCCUCGCUCCUCCAGAUCAUGCCCUCGCUGCUCCAGAUCACGACCGUGUUCCUGCUGCCCGAGUCUCCCCGCUGGCUCGUGUCGGUCGACCGCGAGGACGAGGCCUACGCUAUCCUGACCAAGUACCACGCCGAGGGCGACGCCAACUCGGUCCUCGUCCAGGCCGAGAUGACGCAGAUCCGUACCACGAUCAAGAUGGAGAUGGAGGCUUCCAGCCAGUCGUGGUGGGAGAUGGUUGCCACUGCCCCCAUGCGCCGCCGUGUCUUCAUCGCCAUCUUCAUCGGUCUCUUCACCCAGAUGUCCGGCAACACCCUGCUCUCGUACUACUCGGGUCUCCUCUUCAACAUGAUGGGCUACACGACCCAGUACGCGACCACCCGCAUCAACAUUGCCAACCAGUGCUGGUCCCUCAUCAACGGUACCAUUUUCGCCAUCCUGGUCGGCCGCUUCCCCCGCCGCAUCAUGUUCAUGAUCUCAGCCGGCAGCAUGUGCCUCUGCUUUUGCGCCAUGACCGUCUCUUUCCACGAGCUGCGUGUGGCUGCCGACAACAAGGUUGUCAACAGCGCUGCGGGCAUCGCCGCCCUCUUCUUCUACUUUGCCUACUCGCCCUGCUACAACCUGGGCAACAACGCUCUGACCUACACCUACCUCGUCGAGCUGUUCCCCUACGCCGUCCGCAGCCGUGGUAUCGGUCUGCAGCAGAUUUUUGGCAAGGCCGGUGGCUUCUUCUCCAGCAACGUCAACCCCAUCGCCCUCACCGCCCUCGACUGGAAGUUCUUGGCCAUCUACUGUGGCUGGAUUGCAUUCGAGUUUGUCUUUAUCUUCUUCUUCUACCCUGAGACCCACGGCCGCACUCUCGAGGAACUCGCCUUCUUGUUCGAGGGCAAGGAGAAGGCCGAGCGCGCCGUCGCGGCUGUCGAGAAGCAGAUCCACAGCGGCGAGACCGCGCACAUCGAGGAUGACGACAAGCGACCCAUCGAGGUCGGCCACACCGAGGUUGGCUCCAAGGUCGCCUAA